GGAGGGACAAGUCCCGAGUCCGCAAGCGGGAGACACCAGGGAGCGCUGCUGCACAGCCUAAAAGGACGCAGCCAGUUUGUCUAUGCCACGGCUCAGCGGACGGUGAAGAGGACCAGACUGUCUGGGACCCAAGGUGCGGCGUUCAGUAACGGGCCUGCGAGUCAAGCGGCGAGUGCCAUCAUCCAUCCAGCGGAAGCUGGAUUGGGUCAUGCAUCUGAGCAGCAGCGGCUGUGCCAGCAUCGGCUCAUCAAUGCUGCAGGACGAGUCGGCGAUGCAGCAGUCCGUCGACGAGGACCUGCAGGCCGAGGAGGACGCCCGCGGGCACUUCCACAGCAUCCAGGUCAUGCUGGGACUGCACCAGCAGCACACGGGCUCCUCUCCGCCGCACCCGCAGCAGCAGCAACAUCAGCUGUGCAACCAAGGAAUCGUGGACUACGUUCCCGCCACAAGUGUGUCCACACUGGACCCAAUGGCAACCAGCAUGAGCGGCCUCCUGCCGGGCCUCAUGUCUAUGGCACCGUGCGUCGGGAUGCGAACUCGUGAGCUGUCGGGUCCACUGCCAAGCAUGGCUUCUGCGCAGCCAAUGGGAUGUCUCGGUGGCGCCGACGGCAGUUUGCCGGCUUCAGCCCCCAGGAAAGAAGAAGCACAGAAGAGCAAAUCCUCCGAAAAAUCCUCGUCCUCAGAUGCCGACAAGACUGUAAAAAAGAAGAAGACAAGGACGACGUUCACGGCAUUCCAGCUGGAUGAACUGGAGAGGGCCUUCCAGCGGGCACCGUACCCAGACGUCUUCGCCAGAGAAGACCUAGCUCUCAGGCUUAAUCUCAGCGAGUCCAGAGUACAGGUGUGGUUUCAAAACCGUCGUGCCAAGUGGAGGAAAAGAGAACCACCUCGCAAGACAAAUUUUCUUCAAGCAGCGGCUGCACAGAGCAUGCAGAAGGGCGGCCACCCGUACGCCACCGCGUCGCCGACGCUUCCUCCACUGAACGCUCCCUUAGAUUCAUGGGGCUUUAGCACGGGAAACCCUUACGACUUCGGCUUCCAGACAUCCUCACCUAUGCAAGGUUCGCCAGGGCAGGGUUACGGCGCCGCCACUUUCUCAACCGCGGGACCACCACCGGGAUCCAUGGGUGGCAUGGCGGCCAAUCCGAGCUCGUUCUACAGUACCAUGCUGCCUCCGACGCAAGACCAGCUCCUGCCGCAGCUUCAGCCACCCGUCAGCUCGGCGGCUACGGGCAUAGGGCAGCGACCCUGCGGUGCGCCUUCACCCGACUCCAACCAAAAGUGUUCGUCGCCCAUGCCUUACGCCUGCUCCUCGAGCCCCGAUAGCAUCAAGAAGCAGGGCGGCAAUGGCAACGGAGGCCUCAUGGGCACCAAUGGUCUCCUGGACACUGCCGAUCUGCACCAGAUGGGUGCCAUGCCACACCUUAUGAUGAAGGGAAAGGACAACUCCCUGUCGCCGUUGCCACCGCUAGACUUCUUCACUUAAUAAAUGCGGGCACUUUGUUCGCGCCGUGCACAAGGGUAGCCGGUGCAGACUCGUCCACAAAGUCUUGAGACCCGUGACAGCACGCGCACAGUGACCUACUGUAGCAGAAGACUAUGCUGACGCUAGGAAGUAAGUUGCGACUGUCUGCAGUAAAAGAAACUACGUUGACAGUUCGCAGUAAGGUGUGACGACGUUCUGGCUGGGAUGGUGUGUUGGUCAGCCAGUUCCAUGUCACUGGCUUACGGCGUUUGCGGCAAAAGCGGGGACAAGAGUUACGCAUACUUCGAAGUGCCUAAGCGCUAUUCCAUAUAAAGUGUCAUGGAAUACAGUGAAGUACGCCGGUUAACUAUGAUAAAAACACGAAAGAGGACACGAGUUCGCGGAUGUGACAGUUUUUUGUGUACGUUAAGACUGGAGUUGUUGUGUGUGGGUUAUUAUGCAACCAAUUAUUCCUGCUAGUAACCGGCUGUACUAAGUGCACUGUCUUUGUUAGUAGCUACCAGACUACUUUAUUUCUUACGUGCCGUAUUGUCUAUUGUAUAUAGAUAAGUUCUUGUAAGACAUUAUAAGCUAACAGUCCGGCUUUUUUACAGUCUGGCUUUUCAGUGUGGCUUUUCGUCUGUGUCAUGCUAGAGGUAGUCGACCUAGAAUACUCUCUUGUGUCAUUUCUUUUUACCAGCGAGUGAGACUGGCUCUGAUUUUGCAAACAUACAUAAAAGUUCUGCGCAAACAGAAGUCGCUCCCCAAUGCCAUAUUCUAAAUGAUUAUUGCUUAGUAACUCCAUCGAUGUACACAUGAAGUGCACUUCAGAUUUGAAUGAGCCAGUGCUUGAGACUUUCAAGUUGACCCGCUUAAUGCAACGCCUCCCCCCCCCCCCCCCUUUUUUUUUUCAUUGCACUAUGAAUGUUUGCAAUGAACUGCACGCUCAGUAACAGGCACGUUCUUUGUAAACAAGACUGAUGUGCUUCAAAACAAGAAAAACAAACAAACACGUUUGCUUGUUUUCAUGAAACUAGAACGAGUGAUCACCGAAGAAUGUUCUUGUUAAGCGUGUUGUGGUCUUUAUUGUCCAAAUUCAAGGUAGGGUCGCGAAAAGCCCAAUCAACUGACUUUGUUCGCUUCGGAAAUCAAGUGCCAUCUAAUUUGGCCAAUACCUAGAAAAGUAGCGCAAUUUAAUCUUCUUCUACGUGUAUAGCCAAUUAAUUACACGCACAUCAAGUUAUUUUCAGCCUUACAAACACAUUCCUCUCUAGAAGGUAACCAACCUUGCCUUAAUGAGCACGAGUUUAUAAUUAAUGUCUUCACUGGAGCGGGGAGAAAUGCUACUUUCCAAUAUCACUUUUCGCAUAUUUAAGUGUUCUUACAGCAUCCAAGUGUAUACUUUCAACAGACUUGUACAGUUUUGAAUUAUGCUGUGGCAUGUGUGGUUAAAUAUAUGUAUUGGACAAUAAGGCGGGCCCACGUGCAUUUUCUGGUCAUUGCGUGUCUGUGUCGUUUGUGUUGAUUGAGAGACCAUUGAAACGAAGUAUAGAAUGUGAUCGCGACUGUAGCGCCACAUUCCUGUCAUGUUCUCUAAAAUGUAUAGCACUUAAUUUUACUUAGUGUACCACAUGAAGCAGUGUGUUGGAGGAUCACGUUAGCAAUCACGGAAGAGACAUGGUAUUAAGUGUCAAAAUGGAUGUGGACUCUGCAUGUUAGGCUGAACGCGCUGUUCACGCAUCGCGAAUCACGUAAACCCGACAGCAGUGCUAAGUUAAAAUACGGUUUAAAGCAGCAAUAUGUUUCCGAUAUCUCGUAAUCCUCACCUCACAAGUAAUUGUGUUCACGAGGUCAGAAAACGCGCCUUUUUUCUUUUAGUCUCAAAAGCAAAUAUUCGUGGCAUAUCUCACUAUAUAGGCCAAGUUUCGAAGGCUCAUUCGGUGGAAGAUUGAACAAAAAGAAAGGAUCUCAAACACUUGUCGGAAAAGAGCCUGCAUGAAACUUCUAGCCUUUGAAAAAGUAUGUAGCAUAUGCUUUAAUGGCAGUUGUAUACGGUCUUAAAGAGGUCUCGCUUAAAGUGCUGGAUGUAGUUAGGAAACUUGACAUUUUUCGUCCGGUUUCCUGAAUAAGGCCGGCAUUUCCCCAGGACCUGAUUAAGAGCGUAAGGUGUGAAAGUGGUCGUGUGUGACCGCAUUUAUGAGUGCGCGGAAGUGGAGGUGUUGUUUUUGCACGACAUGCGGCACGUGUGAUAAUGUAGCGUCAUUACUGAAAUUAUGAGUUCGUAUAACAUCUCUUUUUCCCAUAGACUUGAAUUUCGAGCUCUUUUCUCCUCGGAAAGAAGCGAAGUCCGUGACAGUGCCAAAAAGUGCCUUCAUUCUGUUAUGCUACAGCGUUAGCAAAUACUUUUUGCGCGUCCAAUGACAGAUGAAGAAACACUUGUAAAUAUUUUUGUAUUGCAUGCGACGUAUUUGUUCGUGUAUGUAUUGUGCCGUCAGUGUUAACGUCAUUGCUCAAUAAGGCACACACAUUCACAUAUACACACGGUAGACCGAUAUAAAGAUAGAACUAAUCGAUACCAUAAGGCUCCAGCACUGUAUUGUAUAUGUGUGGCAGGAUUUUUAUACCAAGCCUCUUGAACAAGUGGAAUCUUAAUGACAAUCUUCAAGCCGUGAAAGAUAAAGUCGGAUAACUCGAGAAGUGCAGUUGAAUUUGACAUUGUGUUUCAAUACGACGAAGUUUACUGCCCAAGUCAAGCUGCGAAUUAUUUCUAAAAUCGUUGUAUUGUUGUGUAUUUCAAGGAUCCCGUUCAUCUUUUAUUUGUACAUGAGUGUGCCUUUCAGAAAUAUAUGCAGUAUUUUCGUAUAUGUCUAUUCGUUGCGUUUAUGUCCUACUGUCGCGUAUAAUUAUGUUACUCUGAGAUGUUUUUUACAUAUUUUAUUGUCAUGUGUAAUGUAGGCCCAUCGAGCAAUACACUCGUGUUUGCCUUUGGAGCUAGAGCAACACCGACGUGCCUUACUUUUGUAUAAAAAUUUGAACUAAGAAAUAAACGUCAAUGUUUUUCUUCAUGCCA